AUGGUCAGUCCAACAAACACUCUACCCGAAGCAGAAACCGCCGUUGCGAAUGGAGGUGAUCAUAUCAAACCUUCUAAUGCUACCAAUAAACACAGGUCUAUUCUCCCCGAUCAGCCUGCGGCGAAAAGUGUUAAUGCAACACCGAUAAAAAGCCCGGGGAACGUGGUUACGAAGGCUGCUACCACUAACGGGGACAACCGCGAAAGAAUUGUCGUUGAGAAUAAUGACAGUCAUAAUGACGGCGUCAAUGGCACAUUUAAAGAGUCGGACAAAAGACUUGAUAAUAAUAAUACUAAUGGAUCAAAUGCUAUUGCAAACGGAAAGAACUCUGAAGUGAAGCAGUGGACCAAUGUUACCGCGACUGCUGCUGUUACUGAACCUAAUAAUGAUGAAAUAAAUAAUGAUAAUGAAAAGAUAUCUUCAUCGGUGGAGACAAAAGAAACUCAAUCGCCGAUAAAAACACCGAUACCUGCUCCGAUCCCGCCUGUUAAUUAUUGGGAAAUGAGAAUGCAAAACGCUAAAAAAGUACCUGCUACUAGUAGUACUAUUACCACUAUUGAUUCACCAUCGUCCUCUGCUGCUGUUGCGGAUAAAGAAAAGGGAGCAAAUGAAAAUUCAGAGAGAAGACAAUCUGUGGAUGUUUCUAAAAAGGAAGACAGUCCGAAACGAGGCAAGGGAAAGUGGAUUCCAUACGAGCUACCAAUUACUCAUUCCACGCCACUGCCAAAUCACGGACAAAAGCAUCGCCGGCGCAGUGAGGAUUCAGUCCCGCACACCGGAACUAGAGAACGUCGAACGUUUAUCGAAAAACCAUUCAGUAAUAACGCUGAAUCUGUUGAAACAUCAACGACAACAAUGACAACAUCACCGUCAGUAUCAUCGUCACAGCAAAAUGGUAACUCGAAUCCAAGACGUCGUGCUAGUGUGCCACCACCAAAUGGACGUGAUCAAUACAGUCGUCGAUACUCUCAAUCUGCCGUCGAUAACGGACAGCUAUCACAUCAUAUGAAUAAUUUAUCAUUUCGUGGUGGACGAAGAGGAGGGGGAAGAAGCCGACCAUUUAAUGGAACUCGUUCUUCACCACGGUCAACAUCAUUUUCUUAUUCCACCGGUUUUCCACAGCAAUAUGGAAGCUUAUUUACAGCAAAGAUGCCUCCAUAUGUUUAUGACAUAGAGCUUUUGAAGUAUUACAUACUCCAACAAAUAGAAUACUAUUUCAGUAUCGAGAAUUUAUGUAAAGAUUUAUAUCUACGAAGUAAUAUGGACGCGUACGGCUUCGUUGAUAUAUCAUUGUUAGCUAAUUUCAAUCGAGUCAGACUCUUGACUUUAGACGAAAAUCUUGUUCGCGAGGCUCUCCUCCAUAGUUAUAUUGUUGAGGUUAGCGGCGACAAGGCUAGAAAACGUGAUGGUUGGGAAAUGUGGGUAUUACCUAACCAAAACCAACAAAAUAUAAACGAACAUGCUCUGGCCGAAUCGACAUAUAAUAACGACUCGCUAGUUAUAGAAGAAUACGAUGAGUACGUAGAAGAUAAUGAUACUAAUUCGAUAGAUGAUGAAAAAAAGGAAACUCAAGAACUACAGGAACAACCACUGCAACAAGAGCAAGACGUAGUAAUAGCAAAUACUAUAGAAAAAAUUCCAACGACUACAUCAACGUCAACUAAAUUAAAUGAAUCAUUAUCGUUACCAUCAUCUUCAUCUGUUACACCGAGAUCAUCACCGAAUUCAACAACCCCGACGUCAACUACGACGACGUACACUCAUAAUAUUACUAAUAUCACUCCCGAGAAUUUUGAACCAUUGACCGCGACAGCAUCUCGAUGA